AUUUUUUUGGCCAAACCCUAAAUUGGGUCCUAAAAGUGGUUAUUUUUGUGUUUAUUUUUCUUCAAUUUGCAACUUCACCCCCUCUAAUGUCAUCGUACUAUCACUGGAGUCCGCCUCUGUCACUCAGCAAGAAAAAAAGUAUUGCCACAGCCAAAUCGCCGCUCUGUUUAGCUCCAUGAAUACCCAAACUUGAUCUCUUCUCUCUUCUUCUUCCUUCUUGGAAUCGAUUUUCCAAGACAAUGAUACAAUGGACGGCGUUGCCUACUCCAUUUCCAUUUCGUUCAGGUCAGUCGAUUUCUCUUUUCUUCUCCUUAAUCAAAUCUUUCCCAUUUUCUGUAGCUUCUUCUUCUUCUUCUUCUUCUCCUUCAUCCAUUUUGUCACCAGAAGAAUCAGAACCCAUUUCCAUUGACCCCCUUUCUUCUCAGCUUCUCAAUCUCCUUUCACACCCAAAUUGGCAAAAACACCCAUCUCUCAAGAAUCUAAUUCCUUCACUUUCCCCUUCUCGUCUCUCUUCUUUCCUCUCACAAAACCCAAAUCUUAACCCCCAUAUCGCGUUUUCCUUCUUUGAUUACCUCUCCCGGAUACCCUCAUUCAAACCCAGCGUUCAAUCUUAUGCACCCCUUUUGCGUAUUUUGAUUUCCAAUAAGCUUUUUCAGGUCGCGGAAAAAACGAGACUUUCUAUGAUUAAAUCAUGUGGAACAACUGAGGAUGUCGUUUUUGUGAUGGGUUUUGUGCGGGAGAUGAAUAAAUGUGAAGAUGGGUUUAGGUUUAAGCUUAAUGGGUGGGGUUAUAAUACAUUGUUGAUGGCGUUAUCACGGUUUGUUAUGGUUGAUGAUAUGAAAUGUGUGUAUAAUGAGAUGUUGAGUGAUAUGAUUAAACCUGAUGUUUAUACUUUUAAUACGAUGAUUAAUGGUUAUUGUAAAUUGGGUAAUGUAGUUGAGGCUGAGGUUUAUUUGAGUAAGAUUUUUCAAGCUGGUUUGAUGCCGGAUACACAUACGUACACGUCGUUUAUAUUGGGUCAUUGUAGGAGAAAGGAUGUAAAUAGUGCUUUUAAGGUUUUUAGGGAAAUGCAGAUAAAGGGUUGUCAAAGAAAUGUGGUUUCGUACAAUAAUUUGAUUCAUGGAUUGUGUGAAACGAGGAGGAUUAAUGAAGCGAUGAAGCUGUUUUUGGAAAUGGCAGAUGAUGGUUGUUCUCCAAAUGUCCGGACAUAUACAAUUCUCAUUGAUGCGUUGUGUCGGUUGGAUAGGAGGGUAGAGGCAUUGAGUUUGUUUGAUGAGAUGAGGGAGAAAGGUUGUGAGCCCAAUGUUCAUACUUACACUGUUUUCAUCGAUGGUUUGUGUAAAGACUCUAAGCUUGACGAAGCAAGAGAGUUACUAAAUGUUAUGUCGGAAAAGGGGCUAGUUCCGAGUGUGGUGACAUACAAUGCUCUGAUUGAUGGAUACUGUAAGAAAGGUUUGGUUGAUGUUGCAUUAAGUAUUUUAGACACAAUGGAAUCGAAAAGUUGUCUCCCGAAUGUACGUACAUACAAUGAAUUGAUUUCUGGCUUUUGUAGGGCGAAAAAGGUGCAUAAGGCAAUGUCACUACUUGAUAAGAUGCUUGAGCGCAAACUAUCUCCUAGUAAUGUCACUUUUAACUUGUUAGUUCAUGGACAGUGUAAAGAGGGUGAAAUAGAUAGUGCAUUUAGGUUGCUUAGAUUGAUGGAGGAGAAUGGAUUAGCUCCUGAUGAGUGGAGUUAUGGUACAUUAGUUGAUGGCUUAUGUGAAAGAGGUAGAGUUGAAGAAGCUAACACCAUUUUUAGUUCUCUGAAAGAGAAGGGUAUAAAGGUUAAUGUUGCAAUGUACACUGCUCUAAUUGAUGGACAUUGCAACGCUGAAAAAUUUGAUUUUGCCUUCACAUUAUUUAAGAAGAUGAUCGAGGAAGGUUGCUCCCCAAACGCAUGUACUUAUAAUGUGCUGAUUAACGGGUUGUGUAAACAGGGUAAGCAACUAGAAGCAGCACAAUUACUUGAAAGCAUGGCAGAAAGUGGUGUAGAACCCACAAUCGAAUCCUACAGUAUUUUGAUUGAGCAACUAUUAAAAGAAUGUGCCUUUGACCAUGCUGACCAAGUUUUUAGUUUAAUGAUAUCUAGGGGACAUAAGCCGGAUGUCUGCAUUUACACUUCAUUUCUAGUUGCAUAUCACAAUGAAGGUAAAUUGAAAGAAGCGGAAGAUGUGAUGGCUAAGAUGGCAGAGGCGGGAAUUAGGCCAGAUUUGAUGACCUAUACAGUAAUGAUUGAUGGUUAUGGUCGUGCAGGAUUAUUAAAUCGAGCCUUUGAUAUGCUAAAAUGUAUGUUUGACUCUGGAUAUGAACCUUCUCAUUACACCUAUUCUAUUUUGAUUAAACAUUUGUCCCAAGGAGGACUUGAUCUCAAAAUAGAGGCCAGUUCCAUUAAUAUUGCUGAUGUGUGGAAAGUAGUAAAAUAUGAAACUUUGCUUAAACUCUUAGAUAAAAUGGAGGAACAUGGAUGUCCUCCUAAUACAAACUGUUUUAGUUCGCUUGCUAUUGGUCUCUGUAGAGAAGGACGUCUUGAGGAGGCUUCGAGGUUACUUGAUCAUAUGCAGAGUUGCGGAAUGUCUGCUUCUGAAGGUAUGUACACCUCAAUGGUAAAUUGUUGUUGCAAGUUGAGAAUGUAUGAGGAUGCAACAAGAUUUCUUGACACUAUGCUUACACAAGGUUUCUUACCACGCUUAGAGUCGUACAAGCUCCUUAUAUGUGGGUUGUAUGAUAAUGGGAACAAUGAUAAAGCUAAGGCAGCCUUCUUUCAACUUCUUGAUUGUGGGUACAAUAAUGAUGAAGUAGCUUGGAAGCUUCUAAUUGAUGGCUUACUUAAGAGGGGACUUGUAGAUAGAUGUUCUGAGUUGUUGGAUAUUAUGGAGAAAAAUGGUUCUCGGCUUAGUUCCCAGACAUAUACAUUUCUGCUAGAGGGACUUGAUAGAACAGACAACAAAUGAAGAAGUUCCAGCUAUUUGUGAUUCUAUUCCAUAUGUUUGUUCAGUCAAGCAUGUCCACAACUAGAUCUUCACGUGCGCCGAAUAAUGAUUUCUCAUUUAUAUUCUUGUGGGCUGUUCCUUUUAAGGGGAAUUUUCCUUCCAUGAGAUCAGUUUGGAGUCCCCAUAUGGUAUAUGCAGCUACCUCUGACAGGUAUGUUGAUCCAUGUGAUUAAUCUAUUGUCUUUCUCCAUAAAUCAAUUUGCAAGGAACCAGUAGAGACAAAAGGGAGGAGCGCCAGCACUUGAUGUGCCAGAAUUGUUGGCAUAUUAGUUAGGCAGUUGCGCCAAUUUCUGGAUCAAUUUGGAA